AGUCAGUGCUCAAGCAGCCGUCGCGCCAGUCACAACGUAGCGCAUGUUCUCUCCGCUCAAUCGGUCGCCUCUUUUUCGGUACUCUUUGUGCUUAGCGCCGCGCUCUAAGAUUUUUCAUAUUUUCGUAUUUCGUAUUGUUCUGCUGCGCCUGCGCAACUGCGCUGCUGCGUAAGAAGGAACUGCUGGAAGUGGAACUGGAAGUGCAGUCGUCGCGACGACGCAUUUUGUUUAUUUGUGUAAAUUUCCUGCUUGCCAUUGCCAGCGAGGGGGGCGGGGCAGCCAACGGAAAUGCAGCGAAAAGGAAAUCAAACGUUUGACAAACGGAAAUCGAAUUAUGCGCGAGUGAGAAAUUAAUUGAGUCAAAUCAAAUCAGCAAACGGCGAUAUUUAAGCAAAAAGCCAAAUCAAACAGUACACAACAGAAAAAAACAUAUAAUAAUAAUAGUAAUAUGUAUGUGUAUGUGUGAGUGUCGGUGUGCGAAUAAUAACAAUAAAGUGAGCCGUGGUUAGUUUCGCUUAGAGUCAACAAUAGCCGCUUGCAUUGAUUUAUAGUCCAAGUGUAAAUAAUUGCCGCAAAUGAAUUCAAUUGAAUCGAAAUUCCUGCAUUGAUGCGCGAUUUGGACAUUUUCACAACUGACUCGAUACCACGGACACACACACACACACGCACACAAAGGCCACGCGGAGCAGCAUUUAUCGACUGAAUUUUUUGACUUUGUGACAGACGUCCCCCACAAUUAUGGACACCGGAAGCGUGGUUAGCGAACCGAUUUCCGCGCAUCAUCGCGCCUUUGCCAAACAGAAAUCGGCCUCGAUGACCAUACUCAAUCCAAAGAGCUGCGCCAGUGCGGCCAAGUACAGUCUGCACGCGGCGUCCGAGAACAAUCACGAGACGCAGCUGCAUUUGAGCAGCGCCUCGUCGCAUUGCUCCACCACGGGCAGGAGGCGCAAGGGCGGAUCUCUAGGUGGAACACUCUCCUCUCGCUCCACACGCAGCGAGUCGAAGGAGUUGCGCUCUGCGCUGCAGGAUCGCGAGGCUGUCAUCCAGAACUUGCGCAUUCAGCUCUGUCUGGGCAAGCUGCCCCGCCCCAGUGGCCCGCCCCUCGAUGAGUCGGAGAAGCCAGCGGCGGAGCACAAAUUGAAUCGCCUGAAGGCUGAGGCGGAGAACAAACGCAUCAAAAUCAAGAACUUGAAGAGCGCACUGGAGAAGCUGGAUAUAACAGACAAUAUAGACAUACGAAUCCGGCAGGCGGAACUGGAGUAUGCAUUGGGCCGUGAGGAGCUGCAGAUGCUCUCGAUUGUGGAGGAGGCGCGUGCGCUGCAGGCUCGCCUGGAGAAGUCCAAGCCGGAGGCACAAACGCUCUACAACAUCAUUAGCUCCGGCGUAACAUUGAGUCUGCACGCCGUGCACGCCACAACCGGCCGCUGGGCGGCCCAGCAGCGGCCCGAUCAGCCGGGCUUCUUUGUGGAAUGGGCCCUCGAGGGCGACGGACUGUACAAAGGGGAUCGCAUACUGGAGAUCAAUGGACGACUUGUGACUAGCAAGACCAAAGAGGAGCUGCAGAAGCACGUGGGCAACUCGGGCAAGUGCCAGAUGGUGGUGCUGCGCAAGAAGUCUGUGCCCAUACCCCAGAAGCAGCUGGACCAGGAGAAGGAGAACAACAUGCGUCUACAGCAUCGCAUCUCCUACCUGGAAGAGCAAGUGCGCGAACUGCAGACAGUGAAGGAGCAACAGCAGCAACAGCAGCAGCAGCUCCAAUCCCAGCAGUCCAAGCAACAAUUGUCCACACAAUCGAAUAAUGCACAUGUGACCAGCAUAAGCAUAUCGUCGCCAGCGUCGCCCUCGACGCCGCCGGACAAGCCGCUGAUCUUCCAGCGGGGCAACUACAUCACGACGCUCGUGGGCGGUAAACCAAUUGAGCUGGUGGGCGACGAGAUGCUGCCGCCAUCGCAUGUCACCAAGACGCUGAUCAAGGAGAACACCCAUAUCGAUCUGCGCGAGCGCCUGCCCCAGUCGCAUCUGUAUACGAUGCCGUCCAAGUCGCUGUCCGCCUCCAAGAUAUCCAUCAACAGCGACUCGGCCUACAUGCAGCAGCCGCAGAAGCGGGAGAAGGAGCGCCAGCGCGAGCGACACGAGCGCAACAGGGAGCGGGAGAGACCGCGGGAUGCACUGCAGCAGCAGCAGCAGCUGCACAGGGAGCAYAUCAUGAGCACGCAUGCGCGCAGCGUGGAGCAUCUCAAUCAAUACAAUGGUCAGGAACGUCGCCGUGACACGCCCCGCCAGCACGAGGCGCAAACCCUGCGUUCCACUCGCCUGCCGAGCGACGUGCGCAGCGUAAAGUCGCUCGACUUUGACAGCGAAAACGAAUCGAAACCCUCGACGGGCAGCCGCGCCGUCCAUCGACCCACGCCGCCCAAGAAGCCGCUGCGUCUGUCGCUGCAGCGCGCCCAGAGCCUGCAGACUGUGGAGCUGAAUCCCAGCUCGGAGCAUGUGGAUCGCAAGCGGCCCAUGAAGCGCGUCCAUCACAACAGCAGCGCCAGCGGCGGCUCCUCGCCCAGCGAAGAGAGCCAGAGCCAGAGCCAGGUGCAGGGUCAAUCCGCAACUCUCAUCGAGAACUGCAGUCCCAUGCACACAGCCUCCCUGGGCAGGCACAAGCUCAUCUGAGCCGUCAUCCCCACUGGGACUUAGAUUAUACACAAAUAUUUUAUUGGAGCAACAGCUGCGCUGCAGCUGUCGAACCCAACAGGCGGACAUGUGCAACA